CUGAGCGAGUGAUCUUGAAAAAAAAAAGAAAAAUAAAAAAAAAAUCAGAGACAAGACACGAUAAAUGUUCGUGUGUAGAACUGUAGUGAAUUUAAAAAAAAAAUAAAAAUAUCUUUAUAUGAAAAGACCAUUUAGUUACAUGUGUAAGAAAUACAUGCGAAACUGGUUUGUUUUGUCGAAGCAACGGUUCGCUGUUGAAUAGUAGGACAUUCCUGUUGCUGCGAUAAAUGAAACACACAAACAAAAAUCCAUCGAAACUAUUUCACUAACAAAAAAAAGCAAAAAUAAAAUGUUACAAACGGAUAGCUGUAAUAACAAGAGCAGUUCAUCGAUAAAUAUUGCCAAAGAUGAGGAUGAGUCGACGCGUCGUCGAUCAACGUUUUACGUGCCAUUAGUUGUCCCGCCAUCGUCUGAAGACAAAAACUUGGAUGUCAGUAAUGGAAGUCUCGAUUGGAGUCUCAACAGUUCGCUUAACAGCACAGGAGAUUUACUCGUCUCGAGCGAAAAGGAAAACAAACUCAAACGAUAUGGCAUCGUACUGAAUGGAAGUAUUAACAUUGACGACAGUAUCGAAAUUCCGCAACCAUCGAGUAAUGUCUCAACCGAUUCCCAACGAACACAUACAUCAACUCCCAUCAGUCUCAUGAAGGCUCGCAGUAGGAUAAACAUCUUAUCGCUGCCCGACAAAACUAUGCCGCCGUCUCCUGCAAAGGAAAAAUCAAAAACAUUACCUCAGAAUCUCACGUCGCCAACAUCUGCAAACACAUUUCCGCCGAAAAGUUCCUUUUUGCUCAAAUCCACGCCCAAAAUUCUCGGGCAUCUUAACUAUUCAUCUUCGGAUUUUGUGUCGCCAUCGUCUCCGAGAUCAUCGUUAAGUCCCAAAAAGUCUCUCAGUUUCGUACGACGAACGCAUUCGACAAAACUCUCGCGAAGUAAUUCGUUGCUGAAGAGUUUCUCGUCGCAACAUCGAUACAGCGAACAAGAACAACGAAUGCUCCAAGUUGAUAUUAUUCCAUUGCCACGAGAUGUGUUAGAGCACUGUUUCGACACGGGCAAUUUUGAGGAGUCUGUCAAACAGAUGUUCUUCGUAGAACGAAAAUCGGGCAAGACAGAGACUGAAGACGAGAAACAUCAUUCAAAGGAAGAUCGAAGUAGUACGAAAUAUGACAACAACGAAUACGAUGACGACAGUGACCCGCAUUCUGACACAUCAUACGAGAAAGCAUGUAGAAGAGGAUCGGCUCCAAACACACCUAUGUUAGGUCAAAAGCCUGAACAACAACAAUCCAACUCGAUAUUUUCAAUAUUUUCGAAACGAUCAAAUCCUUUAAAACGAACAAAAUCUGUGACAAAACUCGAAAGAUCGAAACGAGGCUCAGGCGGAUUACGAGGAUCGAGAUCUCAUGAGAGUCUGUUAUCGAGUCAUGCUGUGAUGUCGACGAUAGAUUUGUCGAGUAUGAAUGCCAUUGGAGUUGCGCCUGUACAUUCAUCAGUAUUAGGAAGAAGACAUUGCUUCCAAGUUCGAGGGGAUCCGAGAGGAGAACGAUAUUACAGUUGCGGAUCUCGACAAGAACGAGAUUUGUGGAUUUAUAGUUUACGAAAAUCAAUAUCGCCAAAUUUGGAACACACAAGAAGAACAGAUAAUUCACUAAAAAUGUGGAUUUAUGAAGCCAAAGCACUUCCGCCGAAGAAAAAGUACUUUUGUGAAAUAAAUUUGGAUAAAACGUUGUAUGGGCGAACGUCAGUGAAGUUACGAACGGAGCUCUUAUUUUGGGGAGAAUAUUUCGAUUUUCCCGACGUGCCUGAUAUCAACGUCAUAACAGUGAAUGUUUUUCGUGAAGGAGAGAAAAAGAAGAAACGCGACAAGCAUGUUUUAGUCGGUUCAGUGAAAAUUCCCAUUCACGAAGUAACAUCACGAACUUUUUCGGAAAAUUGGUAUCCAAUUAUCUCGGAAAAGCACGAAAGUAUCAGCAAAAACUCUUCGAAAGAACCAAUUCCAACGUUACGUAUCAAAUGUCGUUUCCAAAGCACAGAUAUCCUUCCAUUGGAAACAUAUUCCGAAUUUUUGGAGUACUUGAAGGAGAAUUACAAACAAGUUUGUGAGCAAUUAGAGCCCGUUAUCGGUGUCAAAGCGAAAGAAGAUAUCGGACAAGCUCUCGUACUGUUAAUGUAUGCUCAAGGAAUGAUUGGAUCUUUUCUAACAGACGUCGUGGCAUUAGACUUAUUACGUGUUGGCGAUCAAAGACUUACUUUCCGCGGAAAUUCGUUAGCUACAAAAUCCAUGGAAGCAUUUCUCAAGUUGACAGGCGAACAAUAUCUGCAAGAUACACUUUCAGCUCCAAUUUCUGAGAUCAUCACGUCAGAUAAGGAUUGUGAAGUUGAUCCAUUGAAAGCAACGGGAUCUCUGAAUAGGCAACAACAAGCUUUGAGACAAGCAGUUCGUACAGCAUGGAAUGCAAUUGCUGAAAGUCACAAAAAUUUCCCGCCUCAAUUGCGUGAAUGUUUUGCUACAUUCAAAGAACGCUUGCAAAUUUUGGAUCGUGAAGAUAUGGCAGAUAAUUUGAUAAGUGCUUCGAUAUUUUUGCGAUUUUUGUGUCCUGCGAUAUUGUCUCCGAGUUUGUUUAAUAUCACAAAUGAAUUGCCAUCAGCUCGAGCGACGAGGAAUUUGACGUUGGUUGCGAAAACUUUACAAACAUUGGCAAACUUUACACGAUUCCAAGGCAAAGAGAGCUUUAUGGAGUUCUUGAAUGACUUCCUUGAACAAGAAGCGCCUCGGAUGAAAUAUUUCUUACAUCUUAUUUCGACAAGACCUGCAUGCCCUCCCGUUGAAACAAUUCACGAUUGGACAGGAUACAUCGAUCAAGGAAAGCAAUUGUCGAUUUUGCAUAAUCUUUUGAUCGAAAGUAUACAAAAAUUGCCAAUUGGAAAACAACAAGAAUUGCAUCCGCUUCCCUCAAUUUUGGAUCAAAUCACACAAGCAAAACUUGCGAAAGAAUUUAGCUCGAAUACGUUGCCCUUACAAUCGCCGGAUGUGUUGCCCGUAUCGAAUCAGGAGAAUUUCUCGCAUACGAUGAACAAUCCGAUCAAACCAACAGGCGAACGAGGCGUUAUUCGGGGAGUUCUGACGCCAAAUUCGUUGGAGAAGAAUAUUUUCCGAUACAACGAUCCAACUGUUCAACCGUUUUUACAACAAAACCAAAGUAAUCAUAAUAGCAUGUUGUUGAAUCCGCUUCAACAUUCGCAUUCAACCUCAAGUAUUUCAUCCCACCAAAGCUCCUCAAAUACAUACAAUAGCAAUAUUAGCAAUCAUAAUGUGCAUCAUCAUUACAUCACAGUCGAAAAGCCACGCAAUCCUAAUUACUUUUAUACCACAAGUGUUAAUGGCAUUCGCAAUUCAGCGACGCCAAGCAAUGCUGUGCGAGCCAGUACGCUUCCGCGCAACACUUUAAACAAUCAAAUGUCGACUCUUGCAAAUACGGAUUCGACAACGGAGCAAGAACCCAUCUUGUAUGAUCAGAGUAAAGCAUUUAUCCGCAAAAGUCCGACGCCAUUGGCGAAAUCGAAUGUAAAUGGAAGUCGAGGAAGAAACUUGAACGGUUCACAAUUGUCACUUUUGAGCGAAAAUUCUCUCGGGCGAAAUGCUCUCGGAAUUCCGCAUAGCAACAACGGAAUUCAAUGCGGAGCGAUAAUUCAAACGGCACCCGGACAACCAAGAGAUCGUUCGAAUCAUUCGAAUAUGCCGCUCAAUUUGGAAGAUUUGGAUGAUUUGCUCAAGUAUGCCGAUGAACAAAAUAACGACCAAAAUAUCAAACAAAAGAAUGAAUUAACACAAAAAGGAAGCAAUGUCUCGAUCGGCGUUUGUAGCUCAGGAUACCAAAGCAUAACAAAUCAAUCACAGAGCUCGAGUCCCACAGAAGGCACGCAACACAUUCAUCAUCAUCAUCACAAUGGGCUGAAAAACUCCUCAUCAUACGGUCAAAUUGUCCCCAAAUACACGGGAGUGUCGACUUACAGCAAUAACAACAACAACAAUCCUCCAUUGGCAUUCAAAAAUCCUCUUUAUCAACUUCAAUCCAUUGGCGGAGACAAUAACAACAAAAGUUCAAGUUUAACGCCUGCAAGUAGCGAAGAACAAGUUAAUGGCGAUUAUUACAAUUUGGAUACGAGCAUGAAUGGAAACUACUGUGAAAAUGCGAAAAUCACAAAUACCAUCAACAGUUUGGUAGACAAUUCACGUUCACGAUUGCCACGAACAAAUCCGUUGCAUUACAACAAACGUAACGACAGUAAACUUGAAGAGGCGCAAGGCGAAGGCUCGAAUCAUCGUUAUCAUCGAAGAUUGAGUCUCGAAUCGGCGCGCACUCUAUCCGAUAGCUCAACAGAUACUGAAGGUUUAAACCAACCAGCAAUCACUCCCAUUGUGAAUCAUCAUCAUCACAGCGAAGGAAAACGUCGGCGAAACACAUCGCGAUCUGUCGAACAAUGCGAACGCGAAAUUCAACGUCUUCAGGCUUCCGUUGAUUCGCUCCGAAAGAAACUGAGUCUCGAAAAUAUCACAGAACCAACGAGUAAUGACAAAGAUGACGACGGCAAAUACAGUGACGGCAAAAUUCGAAGUAUUAUUGCAAGACUGUUAUCGAUGGAAGAAGAGCUCCGCCGUGAACAAUACAAAAUGUCAAUGAUUCUAAGUCACAAGCAACGCGUUAUUGAAGCGCAAGGACAACAAAUUGCCGCACUCGAUGCCGCCAAUUCCAGAUUAUUAAAUGCACUAUCUAGUCUGAGAUCACGUUACGAAGGAUCUGAGCCAUCGAAUAGCUUACAAGGCGGAAGUGGCUCGUUAUGUUAAGAACUUUUCCUUGUCUCGAAAAGAAAAACUAUUAAAACAUUAGUUUUCCCAUAUAUAAAUUUUUAUCUCUCCAUAGUAUUAUUAACACACAAUUUAUUGCAUUAUAAUGUGCGUGUCUUCUUUUAACAUCAUAACUAUAUUUGUAAAACGCUCGAAAUAUUUUAACAUUAACAAAAAUCAGUAUUCCAAAAAAUCUUUUCUAUCUCUCUUAAAACCUAAAAAAAAAUCGACACAAAACCAUGAACAUUUUUUUUAUUAAUUUUAAUG